AUGGCCGGAGGAGUAGAGGUGUUGGUGGUCUUUUGGAAAGAAUGGGGGAUCCAAGCGCUGGUGCUGCUAAGCUUUGCACUGCAGGUCAUUCUCCUCGUCACAGCAGAGAUCCGUCAUCGCAAAGAUUCUGCCGUUCUCAGAGUCAUUGUUUGGUCAGUGUACCUAUUGGCCGACACGACGGCGAUAUAUUCUCUUGGACACAUGUCCGUGAAUAGUAGCAAGUGGUUGGCCGAGCACCGGCUGGUGGCGUUCUGGGCGCCGUUCCUGCUACUGCACCUUGGCGGCCAGGACAACAUAACGGCCUACUCCGUCGAGGACAACCGGCUAUGGUUGCGGCACCUGCAGACUUUGGUGGUGCAGGUGCUGGCAGCUGGUUAUGUCCUCUACGAGUCGUCUAUUGUGGCUCAACAGACCUUGUUGCGUCCGGCUGCAAUCCUUAUGUUUGUGGUUGGUUUUAUCAAGUAUGGGGAGAGGGUAUGGGCGCUCAACUGCGCUAGUAGUAGUAACCUAUCGGGGAAGAAUUACCAGAGUUUUGGCAUGGUGCAUAUCGGAAGUUCCGUAAUGUCAUUUGGAUUGAACGAUCCAGGAGCCCAACUGCACAUGGCUCACCAGCUAUUAAGUUUCCCUAUGCAUUUGUUGAAGGGUCCGUUGCCUCUUGUAGCAGCUGAAACGGGUUUCUUGCAUUGUAGUGAAUGGAAGAGUAUGUAUCAAUUGGUGGAGGUGCAGCUCUCCCUCAUGUACGAUGUCUUCUAUAGCAAGGCCCCGGUGAUCCACACUUGGUAUGGGCGCUGCAUCCGUAUCAUAUCGCCCAUGGCCACGGUGGCCGCAUUCAUGUUGUUCCAUCAAUUCAGUCAGAAUGAAGGGGAGCACUACAACAGAGUAGGUGUCGCCGCCACCUAUGUUUUGCUGGUUGGGGCCAUUGUCCUGGAGAGCACAUCAUUGAUGGGAGCCAUGUUCUCCAGCUGA